CCACUUUCUCCCACGGCCGCCAUGGUGACAUCCCCCCCCUCCAGCCCGCUUGGCUGCACCACGCCUGCUGCCCAUGUCAUAGCAUCACCACGGCGACCAGCUGCGUCUGGUUCCAUCCAGGCCAGGCCUAGCAGUUGCUGCCCAACGGCUUUUGCUGGGUCCCCCGGAGCAAUGGGGCCCACCCGCCGAGGAUGCUCCUCCCUCUCUUCCAGCCUCUUUGCCUCUUUCCACUUUAGCACCCUCAUGUGCCUCAGCAGCCUAUUUUUCACCUUCCCGAACUGGAGUCCAGCCUCCUCCUGGAGCGGAUGGGUGUGGAUCCAAGGCAAGCGCCGCCCUUCCUCCCAAGUAGGCCCAUUGGGAGUGAGGCCCCAGGCCGCCAGCUGCAGCUGGCUCGCCCUCCACGUCUCCUGGGCCUUUCCCAUAGUCUGCGGCCUUUUCUUCAUCCCAACCAUUAUCUAUUUCCUGCUCACCAGUUUUACAGACACCGGGAUUCUCCGCAAAGGCAUCGAAGAAGAGAUGAUGAACCAAGAAGUCACCAUGAAACAUCUCCAUCCGCACUGGUGCAAUACGUGCCAGCUGUACUGCUUGCCACGCACCUUCCACUGCUCCUGGUGCAACACCUGCGUGGAGGAAUUCGACCAUCACUGCAUGUGGCUUAAUAACUGCAUUGGCUGCCACAACCUCCGGUUCUUCUUCCUCUUUGUGGUUUUCCUGAGCGGUUACGACUUAGCGGUGCUGGUUUCCUGCCUCGCCUACAUAGCGCUCAACUCCAAGCAGGACUUCAGCGUGGAGAAGAUCUGCACAGUGCUGGUGACGAUCCCCACCGCGUUUUAUCUGGUGCCUCUGCUCAUCCUUCUCUGCACCCAGAUUGGCUACAUCUUUGCACCUCGGCACAGGUGCAAGUGUCAGGCUCACGCCGCGCAUGGUGGGAGGAGGCCCUGCAGGCGGCAGCAGCAGCAGCAGCAGCAGCGCUGGGCCUGGAACUGGUCUUCAGCUGCCGGCAACCAGCCAGGAUCACAGUACAGGUUGAGAUCAGCGAGGCCAAUAGCAAAAGUGUCCAUUCUGAAAGGCAGGAGGACCACCGAGCACUGCCAUGCCCCCCACAUGUACAGCUUCAGCAUGGCAGCUCCAGGCUCUGUCCCACAUGGCUGCCCCCAUGACAUGCCCAGGGAGCAGAAGGUGGUCAAGGCCUGGCGUCACAUCCUGUCUGCCGUGGGGAACCUCCUGCAUAGAAGGGGGCCUGGGCAGGGUGUGUCAGCAGAACCAGCUGCCAAGGAGGUUAGCAAGACAAAAACCAUCUGGCAGCUGAACUCCAAUGCCAGAAGCAUGGAAAUCCCAAUGCCAGACAUGCUGGACUCCUUGGAGCUGCUGGAUGAAGACCUCAACACGCACUGGAAAGGCGAGAUCCACAUCAACCGGCGAGCCCUUGCGUCACCCACCGCCACACUCCUCUCCGUCUCCGAUAUCUGAAGGGGAUCUCGGAGGCCCCCCUUCAUCCCAGCGGCCGUGAUUUUGUAAUGGGAAAACUGGAUAAACACAUUUCUAAAGUCAG